AGUCUUGUGUGGAUCGAUGAAUAUAUAUAAACAUAUAUCAUAUACUCAGUCAGUUUGGAUGCUAUUUGGAUUCCGUUUCUCCUCGUCGAUGUGCUACCUCUUCGCGCCCAACACACGGCAGUUACCAUUGUCGUCUCGGUUGAUUGGCGUGCCCAGCAGUUGGAUCACCUCGGCCCAGCGCAGCGGCAGAGGCUUUUCAGCAAGUAAUGGCCAUCUUUAUGGCGUUAGCAUGCGUUAGCUGCGGCCGCUAGCUGUUGGCAUUUCAUCACUUGCUGCAGUCAUCAUGAACUAGUGUGUUUUCAUGCCUUGCCGAAUGGUGUCAUUCUCCUGUUUGAUAUGUUUGUCGUUUCCUGCAUGUUCGCUCAUCGAAUGUGAUCCCUGGCCGAGACCUGGUCUGUUCUUUGUCUCAUUUUUACAAUUCUUUGUUUCAUUCUUGUAGACCAUGGUAGACCCUAUAGGCAUCCAUUGGCUCAAAAUCGUGGGCUUGUUCACGACCAGCCAGACCCAACGUGACGUCCGGGCCAGACGUGGCAUCCAGUGCAGAUCGGUGCAGCUGAUGAUGCAUGGAGGUGAUGGCAUGGCGGUGCAGGCGAUGGUCUCGCUAGAUGGCACGAUGAGCAGUGCGGACGCGGAGCGCUCGUCGCAGUCUGGGUCCAAGGCGGUGCUGAUCUUCCAGAUUGGCACCAACAAUUGGCAGCGUCAGGGAGAGUUCGCUCCUGGUAGUGGCAUUUUGCAUGCUUCGUUCCAUGAGAGCAUGAACAACAUGCCGGGCGUGAAGAGUUACUCCAUCUACCCAAGCAAGAAGCAAACGAAUCCCGAGGAUGAUCCAACCUUCAGAGUCUUCAAGAUUGAACACGACAUCCCCAUUUGUGAGUCGGUGAGCCCGAAUUCCUCCUACAGGUGGCACUCCAUGACUGAGGAGCAGUACGAUGCCUAUCUCAAGCGCCUUGAGAAUGAAAUCUGUGAAUUCAUGGAUGCGGUCGAGGCCAAGGAGUGCAAGGAGUUUGACUAUCUCAUUUCCCACCAUGCCUUCACCAAUGCCAUGACAGCAGCUCAAAUCGUUGAGAGGCGGCACAAGGAGGGCAAGACCAAGCUGAGACACUUCAAUUUUGUGCAUGGCACCGCCUUGAAGAUGUACAUCAAGGAGAAGGAAGGUGAUCCAGAAUAUCCCAUGCGCUUCUUGACCAAAUGCCAAGGAAGCGGGGUUUUUGAUGGCCUCAGCAAAACGUCAGGUGUGUGGGUGAAUUCGGAGGACUACAUCGGGAAGUUCUUGGAUUGUUUCCCCAACUAUCCCAAGGAGAACUGCGUCUUCUCGUGCACGGGCGUGAACCAAGAGACCUUUUGCCCGAAGGGUACAACGGUGGCUGCCGAUCUGUCCACAUUCCUGGCGGAGGAGGAUCGGCAGAAGGUGGCCAGCAUGAAGCGCCUUGUGACCUUCGUCGGGAAGUUCGUCGAUUGGAAGCGCCUGGAUGCGGUGCUCUACGCUGCCCAGCAGUAUGAGGCCAAGUUUCCGGAUGUGGGUACGGCGAUCGUUGGCACUGGGCCACCUGAUGCAGUGGAGAAGUACCACACAAUGGCGAAGACAUUAGGACUCGAGCGAACGGUUUUCCUGGGGCCAAAGGGUGAACAACCACUAGCGAAGCUCUUCUCCAUGUCAGAGGUGGGCAUAUUCCCGUCCUACAAUGAGUCCUUCGGCAAGAUCUUUCUCGAAUGCAUGGCCUGUGGAUGCCCCACCAUUGGAGCCAACAGCGGAGGCCCCAAGGAGUUCGUGAAGCCCGAGCAGGGGGUCCUCGUUGAAGAAGAGCCAGAGUGGCGCUCCGAGGAAGGAAUGCAGAGGCUGGGUGGAAAGGUGGCAGCCCAAGUCAUCAAGGCGCUGGAAGAAGACUGGAAGAAGACAAAGGGAGCGGGCUGCGUUGGCUUCGUGACCAAGAACUUCUCAACCGUGGCACAAGUUGAAGGCAUGCUUGCAAACAUGAAAGAGUGGUCACGGGCCCGCGCUUUUUUGUUGAGACAGGAGCGGCGGCGAGGGCAGGAAGACCAGAGAGAGAAGGAGGGCUUCAUGGCCUCGGGCCCCUGGAUUGAGUCGAAUGAGAUUGAGGCUCUGGUCGCGGACAUGUCAAGCACUGAGCAGAGCGAUCUGCUUCAGCUGUGCACCAGAUGAAGACUCCGCAAGACCGUUCUGUCCAGCUUUGAGCCGAAGGUCCAUUGAGCCAUUGCUGCAUCAAGUUAGACGGCAGGCUUCGGCGCCCUUGAAUUCGUGCAGCGCCGUGCACGGUUGUGUGCUUGCACUUCACUUUGAGCAUGGCUGGUUCUGCUCAGGUUCAAUAUUUAGCUAGUCACUUUUUGAGUAGUUCCAGCCAGGCUAGGGGAACUUGGCAAAUUUGAGAACAGUUGGGAAAGACUGUUUGGACAUUUGUUGAACUUUUGCUGC